GCAUCUUUUGCUUGGAGGGAAGAGAGGACAUCUCGCUGUAAUUGAUUGGAUGACUAAAAAAUUAUUUUGUGAAAUCAAUGUUAUGGAAUCAAUACAUGAUGUCAAAUGGCUUCAUAAUCCUACAAUGUUUGCCACAGCCCAAAAAGACUGGGUUUAUAUUUAUGAUAACAAAGGAAUUGAAUUACAUUGCAUUAAAAAAUUAUAUCAAGUCAUUUGUAUGGAAUUUCUACGAUAUCAUUUCUUAUUAGCUACUUCGAGUGAGAAAGGUUUCUUAUCUUGGCUAGAUAUAUCAGUUGGAAAAAUGAUUGCUCAGUAUUUUACUAAGCAUAAUCGUCUAAAUGUUUUGGCUCAAAAUCCAUACAAUGGAGUACUCUUAACAGGACAUCCUAAUGGCACUGUUGCAAUGUGGUCACCGAAUACAAAUGAACCUCUUGCUACUAUGUUAUGUCAUCCACAUUCUGUGCGUGCAAUAGCUGUAAAUAAUGAUGGAAGAUAUAUGGCUACCUGUGCUUCAGAUAGAUCAAUGAAGAUUUGGGAUAUUAGGAACUUAAAAAAUCUGCAGUCUUAUCGUUUACAUUCAUCAGCAAACUGUAUAGAUUUUAGCCAAAGAAAUUUAAUUGGAAUUGGAAUGGGAAAUGUUGUUGAAGUAUAUAAAGAUUGUUGUACAACUUCUGUAGAAGCACCAUAUUUAUGUCAUACUAUUAAUGGCACUAUUACAGAUAUAAAGUUUUGUCCGUAUGAAGAUGUACUUGGAGUUGGUCACAAUAUAGGUUUUACAAGCAUGCUUGUUCCAGGUUCUGGAGAGCCAAAUUUUGAUGCUUUUGAAACAAACCCAUUUAUGACAAAAAAGCAAAGAAGGGAAACUGAAGUUAAAUCAUUAUUAGAAAAGAUUCAACCAGAAUUCAUAACCUUAAAUCCAGAAGAGGUGUCAAGAGUGGAUGUAAAAACUCUUCAAAACAAACUUGCCGAAAAAGAGAAAAUUCCGUAUGUGAAGCCUCAAAAAAUAGAUAUCGAGCCACGAAAGAAGACAAAGGGUAAAUCGUCUUCGGCGAAAUUAAUUAAAAGGAAAAACAAAAUUCUCGAUCAAGAAAAAAGGAGACACGUGGUGCGAGCGCUAAAGGAGAAAGAAAGUGCGGGGAAGAAGGAAGGUGGCGAGAAGAAGAAAGCCGUUUUAGACAGGUUCCGGUCGAAAAGCGGUCGACCGAAGUAACUGUAAGAAAUUGUCGUUUUCUGUAUUAAAGUACUUUUCUAUUUUAAAACAUGCGUCCGGUGGUGGUCGACAUCUACGCUCUUCCCAACGUCCAAUUGGAAUUCUCGGCCGAGGUCGAAGGCCAAUUAUUCGGAAACCCGCGUUAAAUUAUUUUCCGGCCAUAAAACGCGGACCGCGGUUAAAAUCGUCGUAUUCUUCCCGUUAACCGUCGAGUCGGACUCCGUGGGGGAGGAGAAUUUUUCCACGCAAAUAACGCCGC